AUGAAUGGUCUUGACGAUAGUAAUGAUGAUGAAAAUAACAUCAACAACAGCAGCGCCAACUUGAACAAAAGUACAAGUGGUAGUGGCCCAAGUCCCCCUCUUCCACCUCUCAACAAUGGUGGUGGUGUGACACUCGAUCAACCAACGACGCCAACAUUAUCUUCCAGCAACAAUGGCAACAGGGAUAAGAAACGACAACAUCGCCAGCCAUUGUUGAGUCGUGAUGACGAUGACGAACAUUCCCCUGAUGACAACUCGAUAGAACUUAGAGAGAUCAACUUGGCGACAGUCUCUGGUUCUGGAUCACCUCACAACAACGAUGACUUUGUUGACGAGGCUCAGAGUCUAAUGUCUGAGACACCAGACAACAAAAAGAGGGAUAGCAGAGGCACAAAGGACGUGCAGAUGGGUGAGCUGCACAUGUCGCCCACGCCAGACGCCUCCCUAAAGAUCAGCAACAGCGACAUCACACCACCCAUUACUCGACAACAAUGGAUACGUGUGAUUGUGAUCUACACUGCAGUGCUCAGUGAUGGACUUUCCCUGACACUGGUGCAACCAUUUCUCCCAAAGCUCCUGAUGGAAAAGUGGCACUUUUCCGAGAGUGACGUUGGCUGGGUAUCUGGCAUCCUGAUCGGCUGCUACAGCUUGGCUCGUUUCUUCUCUGCUUUCGUUAUAGGCCAUCUCUCUGACAAAUAUGGAAGGAAACCAUUCUUGGUGCUCAGUCUGCUUUCGACCACCAUUGGAACUGCGAUCUUUGCAUUUAUGCCAAAUGUUUACCUCGCGAUGCUGGUCAGAUUCGUCGAAGGACUGGUCAGUAACACAACGGCACUGAGUCAAGCAACAUUGGCCGACAUGAUUGACAAACGUAAUCGUGCGACGAUCUUUGCCUACCUUGGCGCCAUAUUUGCUCUGUCUCGAUGUCUCAGCUCGACGCUGGGCGGUGUCGUUGUUCGGCUUGCCGAUGGCCAGCCCAACCCCUACAUCUACCCAUGUCUCGUGGGAGGUGGCAUCGUGUUUGUGUCAGCCGUGCUCAUCUUCUUCAUUCAUCCCGAGACGCAUCCGCGCUUUGCCAAGCCCGGUGUGUCGGCCACCGAAAUAUCCAAAGACCAAGACGCCAUCCCACUGUGGGAAGGACUCAAGAGCAUGGCCAAGGACAGGAAGAUUGUAAUGCUACUCAUCUUGGGAAGUGUAAACAGCUUCAACAAUGGUGGUCUACUUCUUGCCUUUGUUCUAUUCUCUUCAUUAAGUAUUGAACAUCGUGGACUUGGAAUGGAUCCUUUCGAGAAUGGUAUCAUAUUCAGUGUCUUGGGAUUCUUUGGAUUCAUAUUCCAGAUCACAUUCUUCAAGAGACUAUCAAGGACAUUGGGACUAAAGAGACAGUAUCUAAUGGGUUCAAUGCUGUUGUGUCUUGGUAUGAUGACAUUCCCAUUGACAUUCAUGGGAUACUUGAUUCAAGGCAAGGCCACAGUGUGGGUGAUCUUGAUGAUCAUUGUACCAAUCACUUCUGUUGGAUUCAUGCAAUGUCUGCCAAUUGUCGGAGGAAUGAUUGCCAAUGCCUCGCGACCAGAGCUACAAGGACUGACACAGGGCACGGCACAGUCAGCCAACUCGCUGCUGAGAUCAUUUGGUCCGGCAAUCUCUGGCGCCAUCUUCACAUUCUCCAUCAAGUACUCUGUGUCAUGGCUGCUGUUCUUUGUACUCAGUGUCAUCUAUGUUGGACUGGCAAUACUGAGCCUCUAUCUGCCAGACUCUGUCGACGUGCUCAGGGAUUCAGAAAACAAAGCCAAUGCCAACAACAAAGAUAAGAAAAUGAAGGCUGGCAGCCAUUGUUAA